CGUUAUGGGCCAGCGGGUCCAAAUCUCCGACCCGUAAACCGACCGACCGACUGCUCGCUCGCUCGCCCCCCCUCGCCUCCCGUUCUCUUGCCGGCGAUGACGCCGCCGGCGGCGGCCUCGCCGGGGCGGAAGUCUCCGGCCGCGGUCCUCUUCCUCUGCGUGGUCACUAUCUCAUUACUCAUGUUCAUACUCCUUGCCUCCUACACCCCCCGCCUUCAGCCCCACGGCCGCAGCCCCCACCGCCGCCUCAAGCUCCACCCCAAGAACUCCGCCGCCGUCGCUUCUUCCUACGGGGCCGGCGCUGUCCACGAUUCCGGAGGAAACCGCCACGCGGCGCCCUUCGACCCGGCCAUCGCCGAGCUGGAGCGGCGGCUGGAGGACAAGGAGUGGGAGCGCGAGCACUACCGCAUCCUCCAUGGCGACGCCGAGAAGGACGACCACAUGAAGGAGUGGGAGGAGUUCCUCAAGGAGGAAGAGGACUUCAUCAACGACGACGAUCGCUUCAACGUCUCCGACCGCAUCCGCGCGCUUUUCCCCAAGAUCGACCUCAGCCCCAAGGACGGCUUCGUCUCCCUCGAUGAGCUCAUCAGGUGGAACCUCGAUCAGGCCAGGGCUGACCAGCUCCAUCGCUCCGCCAGGGAGAUGGAGCUCUAUGACAAGAACGGCAACGGGAUCGUCUCCUUCACUACUUUCCGGGCGCUGCGCCAACAGUCCCAUGGAGAUGGCAACUCACUGGGGUUCCCGUGGUGGAAAGAGGAGCACUUCAAUGCUUCGGACGUCAACGGGGAUGGUUUCCUCAAUAAAACUGAGUUUCACGACUUUCUUAAUCCAAGUGAUUCGGAGAAUCCUAAAAUUAUCAACUUGCUCUGCAGACAAGAAUUAAGGCAGAGAGAUAAAGAUGGUGAUGGAAAGUUAAACUUCGAAGAAUACUUUCAUGGGCUACAUGACCAUAUACAUGGUUAUGAUGACGAGAAUGCAGCUAUUUCUCAUAUUGGGAACAUGACAAUUGCAAACGAGCGGUUUUCCAAGCUUGACAAAGAUAAUGACGGGUUCAUUUCAGAGCAUGAACUAGAACCUGUUCUUGAUAAGCUCCAUCUGUCCGAACGCUAUUAUGCCAGACAGCAAGCCACACAUGCUAUUUCAGAGGCAGACAAAGAUCAUGAUGGAAGGCUAACACUGGAAGAGAUGAUCGAGAACCCCUAUGCAUUUUAUGGUAGUGUUUACUUCAGCGACGACGAGGACUACUUCCAUGAAGAGUUCCGCUAAGGCAUCUGCAGAUCGUAGGUAACCUAACCAUGAAAUGUGACAGGCAAUCUAGCAGGAAGGAUUCCAAAUGCAUCAUUACUAAUCAAAAUGCUGUGUGAAUACUUGAAAGAAUCAGCGUGCCACGGUAUCUUAUCUCUGUACCCUUACCGUGCCUUGGCAUCGCCUGUAUCUGGACAGCACACAGCUUAGAGUUGGUAUGGCGUGACACGGGGGGAUCAGGUGCUGCUUUGAUUCUCUGAAUUGUUUAGUGAAAUGAAAUGGCAUCUUACUGGUGAUAGGAGUCCAGGUUAGUUUAGAUUAAGCUGAGCUGGCACCGUCUCAGUUUUGUAAAACGCACGGAACCUUGGUGGUGAAGAAUGAGAAAAUUAACACUUGGCAGUGAUGAGCAGACGCAAGUUCGAUAAUACACACUGCUGUUUCGUUCUGUGAAA